UAGAAAAAUACUAUGGGUUGUGGGAAUGGGGGUUAGGGGGUUGAAGGACAUAGUUAAUGUGGAAUGCCUUGCCUUGCACCAGUUCCAGUCAUGAGAUGACUUUUCCCUUACUCCUGUUUAAAAAGAUUAUAGAGAAGAUGUUUAAAAGAAAUAGUAAUAGAGAAGACGUCAGUUAUGAAACAUGACUUAGUGAACUGUGGGAGAAAAUUGCAUUACUACGUAUAUAUGAUGACUGAUGAACUGAUUAUUAUGCAGUCAAGUAGUCAUCUACUGUCUCAGACUUAGCUCUAUAGGAAUUUCUGCACAUGAUGAAGUAUCGGUUUAACAAUACUUGUUGUUAUUAUACUUUACUUGAGCUGAAGGUCUAUCGGAAACAACCUCUCUAUCUUCCCAAGGUAGGGGCAAGGCUGCGUACGCACUACCCUCACCAGACCCCACUUGUGAGGUUAUUACACUAUGCUUAACAAUAUCAUCCUGUGUUUUUUUUUAAUUCAUGUAGUAUUUGAUAAAACCAACAUUCUAUAGUACUUCCUUUUAGCUUCUGAAAAAAAUGCUAGGAGUCCUCAUAGAUCUGUAUUGAAGACCGUUCAACAUGGAAUGUCAUCUAGUAAGUUAUUAUGCUAUGCAUAAAUUAUUCCAGUCAUCACGUUGGUAAAAUUCAGACAUUGUUUCUGCAUCUUCUUGUUUGUGGUUGAAAUGCAGAUGUAAUGUUUUCUCUUUUUUUUUUUUUGGCAUUGAAAGGAAGAAGAUAUACCUCAACCUCAUUGAGCUCCUUAAAGUUCUACAUUAGUAUACUAAAUGGCGCCAAACCCGAAGUCUAGAGUUACAAAGGCCUUUGAGGCAAUGAAGGUUUUUGGCUAUAGUGAAACAGUUGUGAAGCCAGUUUUGAGGAACCUUCUAAAUUUGUACAACAAAAACUGGAAGCUUAUUGAAGAUGAGAAUUAUUCUGUUCUUUUGGAGUCUACUAUAGACAGCGAAGAGUCUAAGGAAAAGCAGAAAUCCUCAUUGGAAGAUGAACCGGAAGAAAAUGAACCACCAUUGAAAAGAUCUAGGCUCUACUCCCAGGGAAAUCAUUCUUCACCUGCUAAACACAAUGCCGGCCCUAGUGCUGACGCAUGUACUUCAGAGUUGCAGCCUUCCAGCAAGCAGAAGAUGGCUGAAAUCACCACCGAGUCUUAUGAAACUCAGGAUGCUGAACUGAAGCGUCUUUCUCUCUUGAACCAUUAUCAGCGCAAAGGUAAGAAGCAGAUUUCUUCAGAGGCUUCUCCUGUUUCAGAGGAGGAUAAUGAGAUUGUACUACUCUCUGAUGAUGACAUGCGAGGACCUUGUACUCUGUCAUCUCAUUUGGAAUUAAAGAAAAGGGGAGAUACAUCUCGUUCAUAUCCUGCUGUGAUACCCAAAAGAAGAUUAGCUUAUAAUAGUAGCCUGGAAGAGCCAAACGUCAUGGGUUCUACUGAUGUAUCCAAUGAAGGUGCACUGGUUCAGUAUGGCUUCAGUGAUGCUAUCCCACUUUCUGAUAACCUGCCAGGUUUUGAUGUUCCUCUUGCAAUUUUCCCUUCAGGAAUUGAUAAACAAAACUUGGAGUGUCUCAACUCUGAACAUCUGGGUACAGAAGGAACUGAAGAAGAUGCAACAAAUUCAUCACGACUAAUUAUUGCUUCCUCCCCAAACGGGGAGGUGAAAGUCUCUUUUGUCUAUAAGACAUAUUCUUCAUCAGAUUUUUGUCCACCAAGUUUAGAUGCAGUCUUUAAGCGGAUGGAGGAAAAGUAUAUGAAGUCCUACAGAUUUUCUCAACCUGGUUUUCUGCUAAGUCUGAUGGAAAAUCUGUGUAAAUGCUAUCUGACAGUUGGCACCAAGGCCAAGGCAGUAAAUGAGCCAUCAGCUGGGAUAGGGUCUCAGAAACUUCACCCAGUAGGUGUCAGAUAUGAUGCUACUAAUCAUGAAUUGCACUUUGCUCCAGACACUAGCAAUGGCUCAUUCAAAUUGUCGAAUUUUAUCAAAAUCUUACCUCAAAUUCCAACAUUUCCAGCUUCAGGAAAUAGGGAUAUAAUGUGCUAUAUGGUGGAUUUUAAUGGUACAAGGAUUAAUGGUGCUGAGAAGGACAACACUAACAAGCUUCUUAAACUCCUUGCCUCUUCAACUAUGAACAAUUCAGUGCUUGUUCAAAGUGAACACUCAUCUCCUGGUCUUCGUAAUUCUGUUUAUUAUAUUGAAGACAUCGCCAAUGGUCAAGAGGAGCAUAAAAUUUCGUUGAUUAAUGAAUUCAGCCACGUCCUGCCUGUCUUUAAGUACAUACCUAAAAGUGUUAUUUUCCAAAACGCAUAUGUGAAGUUUCUUCUUGCUCGUAUAUCAGAUGACAGCUGUUGUUCAAACUGCAGCGGGGAUUGUUUGUCUCAAGAUAUACCCUGUGCUUGUGCUGGUGAAACAGGGGGUGAAUUUGCCUACACAUCAGGUGGUUUGCUCAAGGAGAAGUUUCUUGAGAGUUGCAUCUCAAUGAGUUGUGAACCCCAAAAGCAUGGUUUAGUAUAUUGUCAGGACUGUCCCCUUGAAAGGUCUAAGAAUAAUAGCGUGUCUGGCCUGUGCAAGGGUCAUCUGGUGAGGAAAUUUAUCAAAGAGUGCUGGCAUAAAUGUGGCUGCAGCAGGGGAUGUGGAAAUCGUGUUAUUCAGCGAGGCAUAGCAGUGCCAUUGCAGGUGUUUAUGACUGCUGAUGGGAAAGGUUGGGGUCUCAGGGCACUGGAGGAUUUGCCUAGAGGUGCUUUUGUUUGUGAAUAUGUAGGAGAAAUAGUGACCAACACAGAGUUGUAUGAGCGAAACACGCAAACUGCUGGUGAGAGACACACAUAUCCAGUUUUGCUAGAUGCAGACUGGGGUUCGGAAGGUGUCCUGAAGGAUGAGGAGGCACUUUGUUUGGAUGCAACAUACUAUGGCAAUAUUGCAAGGUUCAUUAAUCAUAGAUGUUAUGAAGGUAACUUGAUUGAGAUCCCAGUUGAAGUAGAGACUCCAGAUCAUCACUACUACCAUGUCGCUUUUUUCACUAUGAGGAAAGUUAAUGCUUUAGAAGAGUUAACUUGGGAUUAUGGUAUUGACUUCACCGAUCAUAGUCAUCCAGUGAAAGCUUUCAAGUGCUGCUGUGGAAGUAAAUCUUGUCGUGACACCGGCCUUUGAAGAGAGCGAGGAAGUAUACACUGAUGAAGAUUACUCCUCACUGAUGAUGCUGAUCCCAUCGAUAGCUCACAUAGAUAUGAUAUAGGUAAAACAAGAAACAUAGUUUUGUUAUUUCUGGAAAAGAACAGCUGGUGUUAACACAGUUGAAGAUUCCUUCUUCCUGAUGAUGUUGAUCGCUUCAAUCAAGAAGCAAAAUUUUAUUUUUUCUUUAAAAAACAACUGCUGAUGUUAUGUUCUACCAGUUGAUGAGUUUGCAUUUGACUAUGUUGGAAAAAAACAUGUUUUAUUUGAGUAUAUUACUUCUUA